AUGACUUCCUUGGCAGACGAUAAAGAGGUGCGGACAAAAGAAGAGGUUGAGUAUAUCACCACUGAGGAUGAACCCGAAAUAUCAGAAGAACACAAACAAUAUCUCAUUGCCAAACAUGGAACCUACAACUUGGUCCCAUUGCCAUCAAUGAACGAUGAUGACCCAUUGAACUGGUCAAACGGAUUCAAAUAUUUACAAUUAGCCAUGGUUGCUUUCCAUGCAUUUAUGGCUACUUUUAUGGCAUCGGGUCUAGUACCCGCCAUUGGAAUUUACUCGGAAAUAUACCAAUUGUCAACCCCUGAUGUUGCUUAUUUAGUGUCUGUUCAAAUUGUAUUAGUUGGUGUGUUUCCUUUAGUCUGGGUGCCUUUGAUGGAACGGUAUGGGAAGCGUUUGCUUUGUAUUAUAUCGGCACUUGGGACCAUGUGUUUUUCAUUAGGAAGUGUUUUCAGUACCACUUAUGGUGCUAUGAUGGUCAUGAGAUGUUUGCAAGCCGUCUUCAUUUCCCCUGGAUUGGCUGUAGGUGGUGCAGUUGUGAAUGAAACAACUUUCAGCCACCAAAGAGGUUCAAGAAGUGGUAUUUGGGCUAUUGCUGUAAACUUGGGUACCAUGGUUGGAGCAUUGUUGAUGGGAAUCGUUGCUGAACACCAGGACCCCAAGUACGUUCAUGUGGUGUUUACUUUGAUCAACUUUGGACAAGUUGUUUGCUACUUACUAUUUGGAAAGGAGUCUCUGUUCAAUCAUGCUGACUUGUCAAGAAAUGAAACAAACCGGUUCAAACAAUUACGAUUCAAGGCUAUUUUUCCUGAAAAUCGUAUAACUUUAAAGAAGACUUUCUAUCCUAUGAUAUUUUUUGCCAAUUUGAGAAUAUUUAUUCCAACAUUUGCUUAUUCAAUGUGUUUUCUUCAUGCAAACAUUGCAUUGAAUAUUGAAAUUCCAGAAGUCAUGUAUAUCAAGUUUGGAUUAGGUCCACAGGCUUUGGGAUUACAGUUUAUUUCAUUUAUUAUCGGUGCUGCUCUUGGUGAGGUUGGAGGAUACAUGUCGGACAAGCUAGUUGCCUGGGGGCAAAAGAGAGGUAGAGAACCUUCUUUUAGAUUGUGGGUCACAUACCCGGGAUUCGCCACCUGUAUUAUUGGGUUAGUUGUGUUUGGUGUUCAAAUUGAUGCUGCCACCACGUGGAAUGUGACACCUUUAAUCGGUUGUGCUUUAGCUUCCUUUGGUUUACAAAUCAUGACCUCGCCAUUUAUUGCUUAUUGUAUUGACAUGGAUCAUAUGCAAGCUGGAGGAAUCAUUUUGUUCAUCACCGUUGUCAGACAGUCACUCGCUUUUAUUGGCCCAUUCUAUUUCCCAAUUAUGUUUGCAAAAUUAGGAUUCACUACUGCUUACAGUAUUAUGGCUGGAAUCUUAGUUGGCUUGGCAUUUAUUCCUACACUUUUCUUACAUAUCAAGGACGCCAAGAAUGGAAAAUAG